GGGCUUCUACACCGUUAUAACUCGUCCGUCGAAGACUAGCUCAGAUCCUGUUGUGUCCCUUACAAGCUGCUGAGGAGUCCAAGAUGUUUCUGGCUGUGGUUCUGCUGGGGUUGGUGUGCGUGGCGAAUGCCAAGACCUACGAGCGCUGUGAGCUGGCGAGAGAGCUGGUGUCUCGUGGUCUGACUUCACAGUCUAAUGCCGGCGACUGGAUCUGUCUGGUGCAGCACGAGAGCGGCUUCAGGACCGGCGUGAGGGGCGGCCCCAACUGGGACGGUUCCUACGAUCACGGGCUGUUCCAGAUCAACGACUACUACUGGUGCGACAACGGCGGACCACACAACGACUGCGGCGUUUCCUGCUCCAACCUCCGUGACAGCAACAUCGCUGAUGACGUGCGCUGCGCCAAGCUGAUCUACCAGCGUCACGGCUUCUCUGCCUGGUACGGCUGGCAGAACAACUGCCAGGGUAGCGUCAGCAGUUACGUCAGCGGCUGUUGGUAAACAUCACGUCAUCAUCACGUCACCGUAGGGGCGGAGUCGUUCGUACGUCGUCAUGACGUCACAUCGACUCCAGCACACGUCACGUCACGGCAAUUCGUUCUGAUUCUCCGUGUUUCGAUCUUUGAUAGGAGUCUCAUGAAUAAAGCAUCAGUCACAUA